AUUAAACUAGCAUUUUGGAAAUAUUUGGCAAUAAAAGAAAACAAACAAACAAACAUAUCAUAUGUAUGUACAGAUUUUCAGCAGAUUCUGUUGUGGAAAGUCUAAAACUGUAUUUUACACCCUGCUGAAUGCAUACUACUUUUUUUCUGUCCCUCAGUUACCUGAACGAAAUGGAGAGAAUCUGCCAGACAGAUUACAUCCCAACUCAGCAGGAUGUUUUGCGCACACGUGUGAAGACCACCGGGAUCGUUGAGACUCACUUCACGUUCAAAGAACUCAACUUCAAGAUGUUUGAUGUUGGAGGUCAGCGCUCAGAGAGAAAGAAGUGGAUCCAUUGUUUUGAGGGAGUCACUGCAAUCAUUUUCUGUGUGGCCCUCAGUGACUAUGACCUCGUCUUGGCUGAGGAUGAGGAAAUGAACCGGAUGCAUGAGAGCAUGAAGCUUUUCGACUCCAUCUGCAACAACAAGUGGUUCACCCGCACCUCCAUCAUCCUUUUCCUCAAUAAGAAAGACUUGUUUGAAGAGAAGAUCACCAGAAGUCCCCUCACUAUCUGCUACCCCGAGUACACUGGUGGGAGCACAUACAAAGAGGCAGCAGAUUAUAUCCAGUGCCAGUUCGAAGACUUGAAUAAACGAAAGGACAUCAAGGAUAUCUACACACACCGUACAUGUGCGACAGACACCAAGAAUGUGGAGUUUGUGUUCGACGCAGUAACUGAUGUCAUCAUCAAGAUCAACCUGACGGAGAUCGGGCUCUACUGAAGCUACGGCUGCCUUUCAGGUUUCAGAACAAUCAGGACUUCUGGGAUCUUUUCUGCAGAGGGAAAAUUCAAAAGUAGGCGUCACUAAGGAUUACGCCGCAGGACCUAAACUGCGUUAACUUUGGGACUUGCAACUGUUAUCACUUUUGUCUUAAUAGAUUUUUAAGAUGUGGCGUGCUCUGAGAGGAUGAAAGUGGGCAAAGCGUGUGAAAUGAUCCCUGUCGUAUUUAAGAUCUUUGCAUCACUCAGGCGGGUUUAUAGUUUCGCUGUCAUCUGCACAAGGACCAAAACUGACUGCCUGUUCAUCAGAUCCAUCAUUUCAUUUCGCAGUUUUUAUGGCUAAAAUGUUUAUUCUGUUCACCAUCGUGUUGCGUUUUGUCUUAGCUGUGGCACAUUACGUUACUAAAUAUUUGCAUCUGUUGUAUUUUAUUUUUAAUUUUUACUUUUAGUUACGGAGAAUUUCCAUUUUUGGGGGGGAUGCAUGAAUGACAUAUCUUAUGUACAAAGUUUUUUGUGAUUAGUUUGAUGUCAAGCAUAACAUAUAAGCAGUUGGGUCAGGGAUUAGUUAGCUGAAGUCUAAGGAGCUCAGUAGCCACAUCCAUGUCUGCAUAGGUGUUUGUUUGUUUGUUUGUUUUAUUUUAACAGGAACACAUUGUACUGAACAUCUUUAUUGAAAUCAGUGUGUGAAGGGAUUUGAUUUUGAUGUGCUGUUUUGUUUUGUUUUUCAUUGAUCUUGCAAUAUAAAUAUUAUGUAGCCUUUAAAAGGUCGAUGUACUGUCUUGUGAAUACUAGUAAAGAAAUAUAAAAACUAAA